CCCUUGAAUGGUGGUUGGUCCUGCAGUGCUUGGAUCGAUAAAUAGCAGGAAGCUGUUUUGUAGAGUUCUAUUGUUGGAGGCAAUGGAGCAGGCAGGAAAAGUGAAAUCGGCGAGUCUGGCGGAUUUAAUUCGGGCUUUGCAUCAAAUUUUUGAGAAUGAUAAGAUUGACGUGGACGAGGUGCGGGAUAUGCUGGAAUCAUAUAAGAGUGACCCUUCAGAAUGGUUGAAAUACGCGAAGUUUGAUAAGUACAGGUACACAAGAAAUCUAGUUGAUGAAGGAAAUGGCAAGUUUAAUCUGAUGAUACUAUGCUGGGGCGAAGGCCAUGGAAGCAGUAUCCAUGAUCAUGCUGAUUCCCACUGCUUCUUAAAACUGCUUCAGGGGCAGUUGAAGGAAACACUCUUUCACUGGCCUGAUGGCAAAGGAAAAGAACUGAACAAGAAGUUUGAGACCAUUCUACAAGAAAAUCAAUGUACCUACAUCAAUGAUUCACUUGGGGUGCACAGAGUUGAAAAUCUGAGUCAUACAGAGGUGGCAGUCAGCCUUCAUUUGUAUAGUCCACCCUUUGACUCCUGCAACUGCUUUGAUGAAAGAACUGGGCAUAAAAAGAAAGUAGGCGUUACCUUUACCAGUAAAUAUGGGGAAAUCAUUCCUCCUACAAAGACUGUUACUCAAGAGAACAAUUGAUCAAUUCAGUAGACCUAUUGACCAGCUAGUGGAUUUUAUGAAAAUGCAUGUAUUGCAACAUGUGAACCUAUUGGUGACCUAAUUUUGGCUUCUACAUUUAUAAACCAGGAAGAAAAUUAUUAUAACCUUGCCUGUGCUACAAUGUUAAAUAGCUAAUCUUUACAUUUGUAACCUGAUUUUAAGCAAACAUCACUUUUUUUUCAUCAAUCAUCUUUGUCAUCCCAAGCUGAGUGGUUUACAGAACUAAUGUUAACCAAACUGUUAUCUUGUACACUUGUAACAAUGUUUGUUUGCCAAUGCACCAUGAAGUCUUUUUUUCUCUCAUUUAAGACAAACUGAAUUUAGAACAUCUUUAUUCUAAAAUAAAAUGUCAGUUUGUUUUCCUCCUUGACAUUUUUUUGGAGAUUGUUGGCUUCUACUUGAUAAAAUAUAAUUAUGCAAUAUUAUCAUUCACAAAACACCUGUAAAUGU